CGCGGACGACGUCAUCGCCGUAUCGUUUCCAUAUCGAUCGCGCACGCGGUAGACCGUUUCGCUGGGCGCCGCACAGUCGCGCUACACUCGUUCACGCAGUGACGGCCCCAGCAACAACCCGUCGGUCACCGGAGAAUCAAAAGCACUGGAACGACGACCGUACCAGGUCACGUUGCACGUCGAGUGGCACUGCGCGACUCGGCCACGAAACUUUUCAACGCCGCCCAGCAGAGCAACACCGGUUCACUCGUCGUAAUCGGCUUUCGGGCGAUCGGUAACCACUGCAUACCACUGCACACCACCGUUCGAUUUGAACGUUGCGCAUUAGAAAUAAUUAUAUAACCGCCGCCGAAAGCUCCGCAAAUCUCUCGGCCAACGCACCCGUCGUCCAUAUCGCGGCGCAGCGGCACCAUUACCAUGUACCGGAUCCAAGACGCGGCUCGUCCUGCGGCCACGGCCGCCAAACACUUCGUCAACGGAUCGCAGAGAAUGGCAUCUACACUGGUCCUCGGAGAGUACACAACUCCAGUGGUCAAAGCAGAGGUACCAGGACCGAAAUCGAAGAAACUCCUCGCUGAGCUUUCGGAAUUCCAGCAAUCUGGUUCGGUUCAGUUAUUCGCUGACUACAACAAAUCGCUGGGGAACUACCUGGUUGACGUGGACGGUAACGUUUUGUUAGAUGUGUACACGCAAAUAUCGUCAAUGCCUUUGGGUUACAACCAUCCGGACAUGUUAAAAGUGUUGGAAAACGACGAAAACAAA